AUGUUUAACUUUCACACGCUCACAAUCCUAGUGUGGUGUCUAACCCUAAUGCUGUCCUCCCGCCCCACACAUGGUCUCCUAGAGGAACAAAGUAAUCACACUGUUAGCAAUCACAGUCUUCAUGGCCAUCAUCAUCGUCAUCAUUAUCCUCGUCAGCAACAGCACAGUCAUUAUCACCAUACCACACCUAGAAUAGUAGAAGAAGAAUCCACCACAAACACACCUCUGUCGCUGAUGGAUGAUAAUGCGAUCACCAACAAAGAAGAUGACGAGCUUCAAUUUUCCAGAGAUAUAACAUCGUGGAGUUCCAGCACCUCAACUCCAGCCCGACACCAUCACAACCAUCGGCGGCAUCACAUGCCUCAGCAACUGAACAAACAUCCAAGUCAAAAUGGACAUUUAAUUUUAACCUCAGCCAGUUUAUCAUCGCCGACAUCAGCGGCCUCAACGUCCUCCAAAUCAUCGUCCUUUUCAAAUUUCAUAUUGGAGCAGCAACAACACCACCACCACAACCAUCACCAGCCACAGCCCCAAGAAUCAUCAUCGCCAACGACCAAGAGAUUAGUCCCAACACCUUUACCGCCACUGCCGUCAUAUUUCUUAUCAGCGACAACGCAAAAAUACAAUCGUCCAGCCAACAAUGGCGACGGUGGCGGCAAUCAAAGGCGGCUGUCGUCUUCCAAGGCGGCAGAAGUUGCAAGUCCUGCGGAACGAUCUAAAUUUAGCACUCAUAAAGCUGGAUCAUUGGAGCGAGACAAUUACAACAGACUGCACCAUCACCACCACCAUCAAAAGCAUCUCCAGGCGCAGACGAAACAUUUGACAAUGAAACGAGACUAUGACGAAGAUGAUUUGCAAGGGCGAAACACACGAACCCAGCAGGAUGAUGGUGAUUAUUACGAUGAAGAUGACAACGAGGAGGUUGACAACGAGGAGGAAGAUGAUAUUGACGGCUUCAUAGAUGACACUGAUAACAAUUUAAGUGAUCGUUCUUAUGCCCGAAUAACUCGUUCGAAACUAGAUGAUGACUAUGUCGACGAUGAACCCUAUCGCAAUGCUGUCGACGAUGACGACGACAACGAAAUGCAACGCGAUGCACCCGGUGUAUUGACGGAUCAAAAAUACCUGGAAGUUGGCAAUGAAAAGGCCGUUCAGCAGGCUCGCGAACGUUACAUUCAAGAACAAAAGAGGCCAAGAACUCCACAUGAACUGGCCACAGAACAUUGGCAACGCAUGAUACAUGCCACCAAGUGUCGGAAGCCUAUGCCACGCGUUAUACCCAUUUCCAAUAAUACUUCGAAACGCUACGAGCCUUAUGCCACGAUUUUGCACAGAUGUGGAGAUGAUACAGGCUGCUGUGGUUCCACAGCCAGUGUCUGCACCGUCAAGCGACAAGAAAUUGUCAUGGUCUACGUAUUCUCCUAUGACUUUAAUUAUCGCAAAGAAAUCGAGGCGUUACCAAUGCAGAAUCACACUGAGUGUCAUUGUGUCAAUCGUGCCAGUUUGCAGUACGAAUCGAUGCCACGUGGUAAGAGAUCUGGUUCAUGGCAACAUCAUCAUCUGCGUUCGCAGCAGUCGCAUCAGCUACACUACUGUCUCGAUCAGAUAUAA